AUGCUGCGCAUUCAUGAUGAUUUUUCAAAAGCGGCUGGUUACUGGUACCGCACCCAUGGUAUUCAUAUUUCUGGUGUUGCAAUAUUUCCUGGUCAUGAGGAUGCUGGCCGCCAAGCAUCAGGGUUUUUCUCUUGGUCUGAUAUCAUGAAGGACAUCAUCAAUGCACAACAACUUGACAUCAGUCGUAUCUUGGACAAGCUCACAACCAUUCUCAAGUACAAAGACUUAGAGGCUGUGCAAGGAGAAGUUUAG